CCUGCGUAAGUGCGUCGUCUCUAUGGUGGCGGCGGAUUCGGAGGGACCUAGCGAUCCUGGAGUCAGGAUGUUCCGCCGGGAGCGUUCCAUCCCCCUUCGAGGCUCGGCUGCCGCCCUGUGCAACAACCUCAGUGUGCUGCACCUGCCGGUCUGCAACCUCACACAUUUUGGGGUAGUCCAUGGACCCAGCGCCCAGCUUCUCAGCGUUGCUCCUGAGGGUGUGCCCUUGGCCCAGCGCCAGCUCCACGCUAAGGAGGGAGCUGGAGUGAGCUCCCCACUCAUCACCCAGGUCCACUGGUGUGCCCUCCCCUUUCGGGUAUUGCUGGUGCUCACCUCACAUCGAGGAAUACAGAUGUAUGAGUCUGACGGCUCCGUCAUGGUCUAUUGGCACGCGCUGGACUCCCGAGAUGCCUCUCCAGUACAGGCUGUGUUUGCCCGAGGAAUUGCUUCCUGCGGCCAUUUCAUCUGUGUAGGAAUGUGGUCAGGCCGGGUACUGGUAUUUGACAUACCAGUCAAAGGUCCCAACAUUGUACUGAGUGAAGAGCUGGCGGGGCAUCCGACGUCAGUCACAGACAUUGCCAGCGAGCCUGCCCAGGAGCCGGACUGCAUGGCUGACGUCGUGACAGCAGAUGACUCCGGCUUGCUUUGUGUCUGGCGGUCAGGUCCUGAAUUCAAAUUACUGACGCGAAUUCCCGGAUUUGGGGUCCCAUGUACUUCCGUGCAGCUGUGGAAGGGGAUCGUAGCAGCGGGCUAUGGGAACGGGCAAGUGCGUCUGUACGAGACCAGCACAGGAGCGCUACACGUCCAGAUCAACGCCCACGCCCGGGCCAUCUGUGCCCUGGACCUGGCUCCGGAUGUGGGCAAGCUCCUUUCUGCAGCCGAGGACACCUUUGUACACAUCUGGAAGCUGAGCAAAAGCACAGAGAGUGGCUGCACCGAGGUGGAACACUGUCAUGGGGAGUGUGUGCCCGACACUCAGCUGUGUGGUGCCCAGUUCUGUGACCCCUCCGGCAGCUCCUUUGCUGUGACUGGCUACGACCUCACUGAAAUCCUGAGAUUCAGCAGUGAGUGAGAGAACGGAGAAGCCCUCCUUUCUUCCUGUGGUGUUUAUAAAGUGCCUCCUCC